GGGGCCCGGGGCCUCCGCGGUCGCUGCUCCCCCGCCGCGGGUUGCGAGCGGCCUUGUCGCCGAGGCUGGGCUUGGGAGUGUAAGCACAGCUGUCACGCGCAGUGACUCUGGUCUCUCCCAGGCAGUGUGUGGAGCGCUCUGGACAGGAGACUCCAGGACCCGGGACCAGCUGCCUCAGUCCUUUCCUGCAGGAUUCCAUCACCUCUCCCAGCGCCGCCUCCAGAGUCCUCUGGCAUCUUUGAGAGCAGUGGACAAUGGAUAAAUCUCUGGAACCCUUGACCUUCAGAGAUGUGGCCGUAGAAUUCUCGCAGGAGGAGCAGGACUACCUGGACCCGGCACAGUGGGAAUUUUACCGAGACGUGAUGUUAGAGACCUACAGGAACCUGGCAUCCUUGGGUGAUCUGCAGCCUGCUCUAUUAGUGCUCAUUCAAGAAAAUCAGUUCCUUAUUACAAGCUAAAAUCAGUGUGUUAUUGCACAUUCCUAUGACUCAGAUGUCUGGAAAUGGUUCUCAGGAUUGAAAAUUUAUUUCUUUAAAGAUUUAUUUAUUUAUGCAUACAAGAGCUGGGGUUCAGGCCAGAGGUGUGAGGGGUGAAAUGACUCACCAGAGACAGAGCCGGGAACAGAACAAGCAGAUCAACCGAAGCACACUGCUGAGGGGAGCAGCGGUCGAGUCAGGAGACGUCCACCUCGCCAUGUAGGCCACUCCCUGGCCGGCCAGGGAUUGAACUCUCGCUACAGAGGCCACGGACAGCUUCACAGGAUGCUCCUUAACCCCUUGCACCUCCAGGGAGGCCCCAGGAUAUGAAAAUUUAAAUGAUUUCUGGUCUUGCUAUGUCUAAGCCUGACCUGGUCGUCUUGUUGGAGCAAAAGGUGGAGCCCUGGGAUGUGAAGAGAAGUGCAAAUCCCGUCCUCCUCCCAGCCAUGUCUUCUCAAGACGACCAGGACUGCAUACCACAGUCAGGCACAGAAGAUUUAUUCCUAAAUGUGGGACCGGGAGGAGAUGGAAUCGACACCUUUGAGAAUUUAGAAUUAUUGAAAGAUCAGACAUGUCAAGAGGCAUGUGAAGGGCACAACAGUUGUUGCGAUGAAGAUGGCCGAGCAGCGACAAUUAUCCAUAGUAAAAUUUCUCCUGCAAAAACUGAUCCAGUGUGUAAACCAUGUUGGGUAAAACUCCAUUUUAUGUGUGUUGCAUGUAUAGAUAAAUAUGUUUCUGUUAGCAGAGAUCCAUGUGGCAUUUUUACCAAUACACAUUCUCAGAGAGGAAUAUUGGAACAUAUGGGAAGUCCCCUAGUCCAUAAUGGAAAUGAUUAUUCAAAACAUUGUCACCAUGGGGUAGGUUUAAACUUUGUGUCAAAUCAUUCUCAACAUCAGAGAAUUAGAAAGGAAGAUGAAAAAUCUACACAGGAUCCUAUUGAGGAGUCCUCAAACCUUCUCCAAUAUCAGACAAUUGGUGAGAAACCUUACAAUUGUAAAGAUUAUAGCAAAGAUAACACAUGCUGCUCCAGCCUUAAUGAACAUCAGAGAAAGAAACGGCGUAAAUGUGGAGAGCAUGGUAAAGGCUUUUAUUGGCAUUCACAGUUGACUCGACCUCUAAGAAGUCAUACUAGAGAAAAGCCUUACAUGUGUCCAGACUGUGGUAAAGCCUUUCUAUAUUUGUGUCACCUUUCCCAACAUCAGAGAGUUCAUAAUGGUGAGAAACCUUACAAAUGUGAAGAAUGUAAGAAAGCCUUUAAGGUGAAGUCAAGUCUUAGUCGGCAUCAGAGAAUUCAUACUGGCCUGAAACCUUACAAAUGUGAAGAAUGUGGCAAAGCCUUUAACUGGGUGUCAAAUCUUUCUAAACAUUACAAACUUCAUACUGGGGAAAAGCCUUACAAAUGUAAUGAAUGUGGAAAAGCCUUUAUUAAUAAUUCAAAACUUAUUCAAGAUCAUAGAAUUCAUACUGGGCAGAAACCUUACAAAUGUAAAGUAUGUGGCAAAGUCUUUAACCAGAAGUCACAUCUUAAUCGACAUCACAGAAUUCAUACUGUAGAGAAACCUUAGAACUGUUAAGAAUGUGGCAGAGCCUUUAAAAAAACAGUCAUAUCUUAGUCAACAUCAUAGAAUUCACACUGGGAAGAAACUACAAAUGUGAACUGUGGCAAAGCCUUUAACUGGAAGUCAAGUCUUAUUCUACAUCACAGAAUUCACAUUAGAGAAAUGUUAAAAUUCAAAGGUCAUUUUUUUACUGUAGUCUCUUUAACCAGAAGUCCAGAAGUUUCACCAGAAGUGGCAGUGAUUAUCCAGAAGUCAAAUCAUCCUAAACAUCAGAGUGCCUAGUGAGAGAACCCGUAAAUGAAAGUGACCAAUGGAUUGUCCAAAUAUAUAUUAUGAAACCACCAGAUUUUCAUACUGGAAACUUUAAAGAAGCAAAAAUAGGAGAAAGUAAUUUAUAAUGAAAAUUAGAUGCAUAUUGAGACAUUGCAGUGCAGUAGUAAGUUAAUUCCACUUGGCCAGACAUAACCUAAAAUGAGAAUAUGGUCAUGGAGCAUAAAACAAGAUUAAAACACUAAAUAUUAGCAUAAUUUAAAAGUUCAGGAGGCCUCCCUGGUGGUGCAAGGGGUUAAGUUGCAGCUUUGUGAAGCUGUUGGCAGCCACUGCAGCACAAGUUUGAUCCCUGUCCAGGGAGCUGACCGACAUGGAGCAGCAGACCUCUCCUGUCUUGCCUGCUGCUCCCCUCAGCAGUGUAUUUCAGUGGAUCUGCCUGUUCUGUUCCCCACUCUGUCUCUGGUGAAUCCUCUCACCCCCCUCACCUCUGGCUUAUACCCCAGUUCUUGUAUGCAUAAAAAUACAUCUUUAAAAAACAUAAAUAAAACUUGAAGACAAUGGUUUGGGUCAUGUAUAGUUAUUUUCUAUGUCCUUUUUUAUCAGCCAUACUUGAGAUAUGAAUAGACAUGAUGAAUGUAAUUCACGCCUAAAUUACUUCAUUCUAUGACUUUCUCAUGUACGUCACGUCAUGUGUUUGAUUGUUGCUGCCUCAAACAUCUAAGGGAUCCUUCUCUAAUGGAUGGAUUUGCUCACAUCUGACUUGCUCCUGCAAAUUUAAGGUGGUGUCAUAUAUCAUGUAUGAAGAAAAUGUGAAUGGAUAUGCUGUUUGGUUGACUCAAAAGAUUGAUCUAAAUCACCCAAUUGGCAUAGAAAUUAGACAGAGAAACAUGC